AAAGUUGUGAGAGUGUCUAUUCAGCCACUGGUUGAACUGAUCUCUCAUCAGCACUUGCUUUAGCUGGAACUUUUACAACAUGGUGUGUUUGCUGAGAGUGUGUAUUCUUCUCUUCAUGGUGGUCUCCUGUAAUGCCGAGUGCUACAUUCAAAAACCUGAAGUUGAUUUGUCAUCUGCCGACAACAUAACAAACCACCUACAAGGUUGUGUGGACUCUGAUGGAGUAAUCCAUGACUUCAACUCUGAAUGGGAGAAGGACUGUUACAACUGUCUUUGUGCACUAUUUGGCAUUAGAUGCUGUAACAAGAUCCCAACAGUAAUAGAGCACCCUGAUGAAUGUGAGAUGGUUGUUGACAAAACAACCUGCUCCUUCACUCUAGCACUUGUUUCAGACCACAGCAAACCAUGCCCAUUUGCCUAACACAACUGGACGCAAUCACACAUCUAUGGAAUAUGUCUUUGAUUGGGUAGAAAACAUUACAAAUAAAUUAAAGGCUUAACUGUAUAAUCUAAUUAUACAAUAAAAUGAUUUUUUUGUGGC